AUGGAUAAGAGUUGGAUGCAUAAGUCAAGAUUGUCUAACGAGUAUGCAAAAGGAGUGGAGUCAUUUCUUGAUUUCGCAUUUGAUAAGUCAAGUGAAGACAACAUGAUUGUUUGUCCUUGUGUAAAGUGUGCGAAUGUUCAUUGGCACACGCGAGAAGUAGUGGAAGAACAUUUAAUGUGUGACUGGAAUCCUACUGUGGUUACACUUGUUGGUUCUUCCAUGGGGAGCUUGUUCCUUCUUCAACAUCUAAUUUCGGAUAACAUAAUCACAAUGCCUCCAAGCACCACUCAACCUACUUCAACUUUUCAUAGUAGCCAUGGUGCCAUGGGAGAAUUGUUACGUGAUGCGUUUAACAUCCGUCAUGAUGUCCAUGGGGGCAUUGAACCUAAUAUUGGAGAUGUUGUCAAUGAUGAAGCCGAGGUCCAGGAUGGGGCAGGUGAGGAAGAACCUCCUACGGAAGCAGCAAAGUUCUACAAGUUACUUGAAGAUAUGAAUGAGAAACUUUAUGAUGGAUCGAAGCAUUCCAGGUUAUAUUUUUGCAUUCGUCUCUUCCACCUAAAAUGCAUGUGUGGUAUGACUGGAAAAGCGCUCGAUUACCUAAUUGAGUUUUUGAAAGAAUUUUUCCCAGCCGCUGCCAUUCCUACAAAUAGUCGUGAAUCUAAGAAGGUCAUCAAAGACUUAGGACUUGGUUAUGAAAAAAUUCAUGCUUGCCCUAAUGAUUGUAUGCUCUAUUGGAGUGAUAAAGAAAAUCAACAAGCUUGUCUUGUUUGCGGCACUUCUCGAUGGUUGUCCACUGAUUCUAAUCAUUCUUCAAAUGAUGAUGAUGAAAUGGUCCACAAAAGACCAGCGAAGGUUUUGCGUUAUUUUCCCAUCAUCCCAAGAUUACAAAGAAUAUUCAUGUCAUCGAGGACUUCUGGGGAUAUGACUUGGCAUGUUGAUGGUCGUACAGAAGAUGGGUGUUUGAGGCAUCCUGCUGACGCUGAAGCAUGGAAAACGUUUGACACGAGAUAUCCAGACUUUGCUUCUGAUCCUCGAAAUAUUAGGCUCGGACUUUCCUCUGACGGUUUUAAUCCAUUCAAGUUACUGAGUACUUCUUAUAGUACAUGGCCGGUGGUGUUGAUCCCUUAUAAUUUGCCACCGUGGAAAGGGAUGAAGCAAUCUUCUUUCCUCUUAUCCAUGAUUAUCCCUGGAGUUAAUGGUCCCGGAAAUGACAUUGACAUCUACUUGCAACCUCUAAUCAAGGAGUCAAGCAACUAUGGGUUGGUGUUCGGACAUAUGAUGCAUCAAGGAAAACGUAACUUCAAUUUGCGAGCUGCUCUAAUGUGGACAAUAAAUGAUUUCCCCGCUUAUGCAAUUUUAUCUGGUUGGAGCACGAAGGGAAACUAUGGGAAACGAAUAAAACAAAGGCUAAGAAAAUCAAAGGCUUCUAGUAGCUCAAAGAAAAGACAGAGGCAAGAAUCCAAUUUUCAAGAAGAUAGUGUCAUGGACAAGGAAGAAGAUGAAUCACAAGAAGCAGAUUUGUGGAAAAAGAGAAGUAUAUUUUUUGAUUUACCAUAUUGGGAGCAUCUCCUUCUGCGGCAUAAUUUGGAUGUGAUGCACAUUGAGAAGAAUGUUUGUGAAAAUAUUAUUGGAACCUUGCUUAAUGUUGAUGGGAAAUCAAAAGAUAAUUUGAAAGCCAGACUUGAUUUGGUAGAUAUGGGAAUUCGUCAUGUUCUUCAUCCUGAAUAUCUUCCUAAUGGAAGAACAAGGUUGCCUCCUGCUGUUUAUUCAAUGACAAAAGGGGAGAAGGAUGUGUUUUGCCAAGUCUUGAAGAACAUUAAAGUUCCGGAUGGUUAUUCCUCAAAUAUAUCAAGAUGUGUGAACCAAAAGGAACGGAAGCUACAUUCUCUAAAAUCACAUGAUCAUCAUAUACUACUCCAUGAUUUGCUUCCAAUUGCUUUACGCUUAUCAUCAUCAAAACAAGUUCUUGUUGAAGUUAAAGAACUAUGUGCGGAACAAGAGAUAUCCUCAAGGUUCUAUUGCCGAAGUGAGUACAAGAAUAUCUUAAGACAACAAAUGCGUGCUCGCCGUUCAACCGCUCGUGAUGUUGAUAUGCAAUUUACUAGGACCUUUCAUGAAUGGUUGGCCGAAGUUGUUUCUCGUGGAAGAAAUGUGACCGAAGAAGUUAGGUUCCUUGCACAAGGACCAAACCGAAUUGUUAAGCGAUACAAAGGAUAUAUCAUCAAUGGAUUUCGCUUCCAUACCAAAUCUCGUGAGAGAUUAAGGAGGACUCAAAAUUCCGGAUGUGUUGUUACUUCUUCAACAGUGAGUUAUGCUAGCGCAAGUGAUGCGAACCCCCGUGCAAGGAAAAUGUUGACUAUUACGGGAUUUUGA